AUGCCAGAGCUUGAAACAAACAGGAAGCGCUCUCGCUCGCCCUCGCCGUCCGACGCGCAGAAACAGCACAAGCGCGCCAACACCGGCCAGCACCUCCAAGAUGCGUCCUCCACCACCCUCUCAGCCGCCGCCAUCCUGGGAACAGAGCCGGCACUUCCCGCCGCCUCUGCGACCCUGAGCAACGCAAAUUCGACCGCGUCAUCCAAGGACGGCGACGCCGCCACAGCAAAUGCCGAGGAUGCCGCCUCUUCGCCCGCAUCCGCCUCGGCAACAACGACAGCCGGCGCCAGCUCCACCACCAACCCCCCACCGCCGCCCAGCGCCCACAUCCACAUGCGCUGUUUGAUUGUGACGCAAGACGCGAGCAUCAUCAUCGGCAAGGGCGGCAGCCACGUUAACGAGAUCCGCGAGAAGUCCGGCGCAAGGGUUAUGGUCUCCGAGAGCAUCCCCGGCAACCCCGAGCGCAUAUUAAACGUCAGCGGGCCGCUAGACGCCGUCUCGAAGGCUUUCGGAUUAAUCGUCCGUCGCAUCAAUGACGAGCCCUUUGACGUCCCCUCUGUACCCGGGAGCCGCGCUGUGACCAUCAAGUUCAUGAUUCCGAACUCGAGGAUGGGCUCGGUCAUCGGCAAGCAGGGCUCGAAGAUCAAGGAGAUUCAAGACGCGAGUGGCGCGCGGCUGAACGCCAGCGAGGGAAUGUUACCAGGCUCAACCGAGCGCGUGUUGAGCGUGGCGGGUGUCGCAGACGCGAUCCACAUCGCGACGUACUACAUUGGCAACAUUCUCAUCGAGGCGAACGAGCGGCAACCGGCAUACGGGACAACAAUGAACGCCACGUACCGCCCAUCCAGCCGCCGCGCAGCACCUGGACCCGGCGGACCCGGCGCCGCACCGUACAUGGGCAGCUCUUAUGUACCCGCGGGCGGCGCACCCGGAUAUGGCAACCCGUACAUGCCAGGACCCGCCGCUCCCCCCGCCGCCAGCCCUCAGCUGCAGACGCAGCAGAUAUACAUCCCGAACGACCUCGUCGGGUGUAUCAUCGGCAAGGGCGGCAGCAAAAUCAACGAGAUCCGUCAUAUGAGCGCCAGUCAGAUCAAGAUCAUGGAGCCUGGGGCGCAAGGCGUCGGUGUGAACGGCGCACCAGCGGGAGGGGAGAACGAGAGGCUGGUCGUCAUCACGGGUCCACCGGCGAACAUCCAGAUGGCUGUUCAGUUGCUGUAUCAUCGGCUGGAGCAGGAGAAGCAGAAGCAGUUGCGCCAGCAGACGGCUAUUUAG